AUGUCGGCUGCGCUAGCGGGUAUGUUGCCUGCGCCCAACAGGGAGAACGCGGCGCUCGUCUCGGAGGCGACGACCGAUCAUCCCGCGGCUGAGAUGGCCCCAGCGACCACCACCACCACCACCACCACCACCGUGCGGUCAUCUUCGCACGAGUCGUCGCCCUCGUCGUACUCGUCCUCGACCGCGUCCACGAGCGAUGCCCACCACUCAACACCUCAUGGCGACCACGUCCAAAAUGUCAACGUCGCCAAGGGGAAAACCGAGUUCGAGUCCCUGCAGAGGGAGCUGAGUCGCGCGAGCUCGAUCCACCGUGCGCGUACGAGGGACUCGGCCCUGACCGCGGGCAACGGCGCCGACCUCGAGAAGCAGCACGAUCAAGACUCGGAGGACGACUUUGACCUGAGGGAGUAUUUGCAUUCCGGGAGCGAGGCGAGGAAGGCGCAUGGUUUCAAGCAGAAGCAGAUUGGCGUCACCUGGGAGGGGUUGAGGGUCAUCGGUGUCGGAGGCAUGAAGGUCAGUUCAUGCGCGUGAGGAACGAAAACGCCCAGCGAGCGGGCAAACUGACGCCUCAAACCCCUUACGUCCACAGAUCUACAUCCGAACCUUCCCCGACGCGAUCAAGGAAUUCGUACUCUCGCCCGUCUUCAUGGUGCUCAAGCACACCAAGAUGUUCAAGUCCGCGCCCAAGAAUCUUCUCCACUCUUUCGACGGGUUCGUCCGACCGGGCGAGAUGUGUCUCGUCCUCGGCCGACCGGGAUCGGGUUGCUCGACCUUCCUCAAGACGAUCGCGAAUCAGCGUGGGGGCUACCUCGGCGUUGAAGGCGAUGUCAGUUACGGUGGCAUCCCCGCGAGCGAAAUGGGCGAAAGGUACAAAGGAGAAGUCGUCUACAACCAGGAGGACGAUGUGCACCAUGCCGAGUUAACCGUUGCUCAGACGUUGUGAGUCGGUUUGGGAGUUCGAUCGACUGUGCCCCUCUUUCCGAAUGCUGACCCCUUUGCCGUUGCAUUCGAUCUUUUAAGAACGUUCGCACUGAGCUUGAAAACGCCGGGCAAGCGAUUACCCGACGAGUCGGCUGCGGAGUUCAAGAAGAACGUCCUCGAUCUUCUCACCAACAUGCUCGGUAUCUCGCACACCAAAAACACCAAAGUAGGAUCCGCUCAAGUCCGCGGUGUUUCAGGCGGAGAGCGCAAGCGCGUCAGUAUCGCCGAAAUGAUGGUCGGCCGCGCCUCCGUCACCUGCUGGGAUAACUCGACCCGCGGGCUCGAUGCCUCGACUGCGCUCGACUACGCCAAGUCGUUAAGGAUCUUGACCGACAUUUUUGGGACCGCGACGCUCGUGACGCUCUACCAGGCCGGUGAGGGCAUAGUCGAGCAGUUUGACAAGAUUUUGCUCAUCGACGAAGGUCGCGAGGUCUACUUUGGGCCGGCCAAGGAAGCACGAGCGUAUAUGGUCUCACUCGGAUACAAGGAUCAACCUCGAUCGACAACGGCCGAUUUCUUGACGGGGUGCACGGACCCCAACGAGCGGCAGCUGGCCGAUGGUCGCGACGAAUCAAAUGUACCGUCUACGCCUGAACAGCUCGAGCAGGCGUUCAAGAAGAGCGAGAUCCAUGCGCGCAUGAAGCGCGAACGAGAAGCUUUCAACUACGAGGUCGAGCAGGAGAAGGCGCGACUCGAUGAUUUCCGCCAAGCCGUGUUGACCGACAAGCAUCGCGGUGUGCGCAAGACCAGUCCUUACACAGUCUCGCUGCUCAGUCAGGUCCGAGCGUUGGCCGUGCGACAGUUCGAACUCAAGUUGCAGAACCGUCUCGAUCUAGGCGUCUCCUUCUCGACAACGAUCAUUAUCGCCAUCAUUUCGGGUGCCUGUUACUUCCAGAUCCCGGCGACGGCCGAAGGUGCCUUCACUCGUGGUGGUGCCAUCUUCAUCGCGCUGCUCUUUAACGCUUUCCAGGCCUUUAACGAGCUGCCGACGCAGAUGCUCGGUCGACCCAUCAUGUGGAAGCACGCCAACUUUGCGUUCCAUCGACCGGCCGCCGUGACGUUGGCCGCGACUGUCGCCGAUGCGCCGUUUUCGAUCUUGUCCAUCUUUCUUUUCUGCGUCAUAAUCUACUUCAUGGCCGGUCUGACCUCGACCGCGAGCGCAUUCUUCACCUUCUACGUCAUCGUGCUCGCCGGUUUCUUCUCCCUGGCGGCCUUUUUCCGUCUCAUCGGAACGCUGACGGCCUCGUUCGACGUCGCCGCUCGUCUUGCUUCGAUCCUCAUCACGCUCAUGAUCACCUACUCGGGUUACCUCAUUCCCAUCUACUCGCAAAAGCGAUGGCUGUUCUGGCUGACGUACCUCAAUCCGCUCAACUAUGGUGCGUUAGCAUUUGAGGAAUCUUGUCUUUCACGCAGCAUCUCAAACUGACUCGUUCUGGCCCUCUUCUUUUGCUUCUCAGCCUUCGCGGCUGCGAUGAUGAACGAGUUCAAGGACCUCCAGCUGGCGUGCUCAAACGCCUACAUCACGCCUCGUCAAGUCGGUGGAUUGACUCAGUACCCGACCACACUCGGCCCGAACCAGGUCUGCACAUUGCUCGGUUCGCAGCCGGGCCAGCCUUUCGUCGCCGGCGCGGAUUACCUCCGUGUCUCAUACGAAUACGAGGUUAGCCACCUUUGGCGCAACUUCGGUCUUACGCUCGUCUUCUUCAUCGGCUUCAACGUCUUCCAGUCUUGGGCCGUUGAGCGUUUCAAGCAUGGCGCCGACGCACCGGCGAUUAAUGUGUUCGCCAAGGAGACGGCCGAAACGAAGGAUCUCAACGAGAAGUUGCUUGCGAAGCGUGAAGCCAAGCGCAAGGGCCAAGAGGAGCAGGACCUUGCGUCGAUCGGAUCCAAUUCGAAGCCUUUCACGUGGGAGAACCUUCGCUACACCGUCCCCGUCCCCGGUGGGCGUCGUCAGUUGCUCGAUGAUGUGUUUGGAUACGUCAAGCCGGGCACGCUGACGGCUUUGAUGGGGUCGUCUGGAGCGGGAAAGACGACGCUACUCGAUGUGCUUGCCGCUCGCAAGAACAUCGGUGUCAUCGAAGGCGAUAUUUUGAUCGGCGGUCGACCGACGACGAGGAGCUUCAAGCGUGGGUGCGCUUAUGCCGAACAGCUCGACGUUCACGAGCACACUGCGACCGUUCGCGAGACGUUCCGCUUCUCCGCGUACCUUCGUCAACCUGCUCAUGUUGCGAAAGCUGAGAAGGAUGCCUAUGUCGAAGAGAUUAUACAGCUGCUCGAACUCGAGGACCUUGCGGAUGCUUACAUCGGCUUUCCUGGGUUCGGUCUCGGCGUCGAAGCUCGUAAGCGGGUCACGAUCGGUGUCGAGUUGGCAGCCAAGCCCGAGAUGCUCCUCUUCCUCGACGAACCGACCUCGGGUCUCGACGCUCAAUCGGCGCUCAACAUCGCUCGCUUCCUCAAGAAACUCGCGGCCGCCGGUCAAGCCAUCUUGUGCACGAUUCAUCAACCGAACGCACUUUUGUUCGAGUCGUUCGAUCGUCUGCUUUUGCUCAAAGCUGGUGGUCGUUGCGUCUACUUUGGCGAUAUCGGCAAGGACUCGAUUGUCAUUCGGGAUUAUUUUGCGAAGCGAGGUGCUCUCUGUCCGCCAAAGGCCAACCCUGCCGAAUGUAAGUUGGUACUGCAACUUUAGCUAGACUUUUUGUGUCCGGUCAGCUGAUUCUUGCGUAUGUCGAACUCACAGAUAUGCUAGAAGCAAUUGGAGCUGGAUCUUCGCGCGCCGUCGGAAAGAAGGACUGGGCCGAUCUCUGGCUCGAGAGUGAGGAGCUCGGGCAGGUCAAGAAGGAGAUCGCUGAACUCAAGCAACACAGCUUGGCGCUGCCCGCCGACUCGUCGGAAGACGCCGAUCGAGAGUUCGCGACCCCGUUCAUUUACCAGCUCAAGGUCGUCGCGAAUCGCACAGCUAUUGCAUUCUACCGCUCCCCCGAUUACGGCUUCACUCGACUGUUCAACCAUCUUGCGAUUGCUCUCUGUGUCUCGAUCACCUUCUUGAAUCUCGGUAACAACCUUGGCGGUCUGCAGCAGCGCGUUUUUGCCAUCUUCUACGUUACCGUCUUGCCCGCCAUCAUCAUUUCGCAAGUCGAACCUAUGUAUAUCAUGUCUCGGUCGACGUUCGUGCGCGAGUCGUCGUCUGGUAUGUAUUCGCAGGUCGUGUUUGCGAUGUCGCAGCUCGCGGCCGAAAUGCCGUACUCGAUCAUGUGCGCCGUUGGCUUCUUCCUUCUGCUGUAUUACCCUAUCGUGAGUCAAACAGUGCCAUCGAUUCAUUCCAGAGUCGGAACAUCGGGUGGCUGAUGCACCACUUCGUCGUCUCACACAGGGUUUCCAAUUCGAAUCAAGCCGAGCCGGAUUCCAGUUCUUUAUGAUUCUCAUCGUCGAGCUUUGGUCGGUGACGCUGGUGAGUUGCUUUUCUGUAGGUGCACAUGAUCCUUGAAUUGUGGCUGACUCUCGACCCCUCAUUUUUGGAUGAUCACAGGGUCAAGGUGUUGCGGCACUUUCACCGUCGGUCUACAUCGCCGCCGUUUCGAAUCCUUUUAUCCUCGUCAUCCUCUCGCUCUUCUGUAAGUGGCACCUCUCUCUCUCUCUCACGAUCUUGCGCUGAUGGACCCUGACCUCUCAUUCCUACAGGUGGUAUCACGAUCACUCCUCCCAACAUCCCCAAGGCGUUCCAUUGGCUAUACCAACUGAACCCGCAAACGCGCAUCGUCAGCGCGCUCAUCGCCACCGCGCUCUACGAGCUACCCGUGCAAUGUACCCCACGCGAAUUCGCCGUCUUUGAACCGCCUGCGGGUCAAUCGUGCUCGCAAUGGGCCGCUCCGUUCGUACAAGCCGUCAAAGCGGGUUAUCUCAACAACCCGAACGCGUCGAGCGCGUGCGAGUACUGCUCCGUCAGUCUCGGCCAACAGUUUUAUGAACCGCUCGGCAUUCGCUUCGAUACGAGGUGGAGGGACCUCGGCAUCUUGAUCGCUUUCACCGUGUUCAAUUGUGGGGUCACGAUCGUCGCGUCCAGAUUCUUGGUCAGUUUUGGUGGCGGGCGAGACGGGCUGCGCAGUCGAUGUGAACGUGACUAAUUUCGUUUCUUCGCCCUUGUCUGAACAGAAAUACGCGAAACGAUAA